CAGGCGCAGUGAAGAGACAGAGAGCUGAGCUCCGCCUCUCGACGCCCCGUGAGCUCUGCGGCGUCCCGUAGCGGCAGCGGGGUGCUAGCGAGAUGGCGGCGCAGAAGAUCAACGAAGCACUCGAGCACAUCGCUAAAGCGGAGAAAUAUCUGAAAACUGGAUUCUUAAAGUGGAAACCAGAUUAUGACAGUGCAGCUACCGAAUAUGGGAAGGCAGCUGUUGCUUUUAAGAACGCCAAGCAGUUUGACCAGGCAAGGGAAGCCUGCUUACGGGAAGCUGAGGCGCAUGAAAACAAUAAAGCUCUCUUCCAUGCCGCCAAAGCUUAUGAACAAGCUGGCAUGAUGCUAAAGGAGAUGCAGAGACUCCCUGAAGCAGUUCAGCUGAUUGAGAAAGCCAGUAUGAUGUACCUGGAGAAUGGAACACCAGAUACAGCAGCAAUUGCACUGGAACGGGCUGGAAAGUUAAUUGAAAAUGUGAGCCCAGAGAAGGCUGUGCAGCUCUAUCAGCAGGCAGCAUCAGUGUUUGAAAACGAAGAACGCUUACGGCAAGCAUUAGAAAUGCUAGGGAAGGCAUCAAGACUUCUAGUCAGAGGACGCAGAUUAGAUGAAGCCGCGUUGUCUCUUCAAAAGGAAAAAAGUAUUUAUAAAGAAAUUGAAAAUUACCCAACAUGCUAUAAGAAAACUAUUGCUCAAGUCUUAGUUCAUCUACACAGAAAUGAUUAUGUUGCCGCAGAAAGAUGUGUGAGGGAAAGCUAUAGUAUACCAGGAUUUAAUGGAAGUGAAGACUGUGCAGCACUAGAGCAACUUUUAGAAGGUUAUGACCAGCAAGAUCAGGAUCAAGUUUCUGAAGUCUGUAACUUGCCACUCUUCAAAUACAUGGACAAUGAUUAUGCCAAGCUUGGUCUUACCUUGGUGGUCCCAGGAGGUGGAAUCAAGAAGAAAUCGCCAAAUGCUGCACAAGACAAAGCAAGAGGACCAGCUGCAGUGGGCUCUCAUGCUGAUGAGGAAGAGGAUGAAUAUUCUGGUGGACUAUGUUAGCUACUGCAUAGGUAGUCUUAAAUAUCUGACUUAGUUGUGAUGUUGAGAAUAUCCAAAGGUACCAGAUUUAUCAGAGCUUCAUUGCAAUUGUGAUACAGGAAUGCUAAUAUUAACUUGGCAGCUUCUGGGUGCAAUGCAGGAGAAAAAGCGUGAUUUUAGCUAUCAUCUUGAAACAUCUUUGGACUUCAUUUCUUACCUGGUAGCUUCCUCAGGGCGCUCUCUGCAGUUGAUGGGAAAAAUUUGAGAUAAAUUUUUACUGAAAGCACAGUUUAAAAGAAACCAAAACCCUAGAAGCACUGGAAUAUGGAGAGUGGUACAAAUUUUUAAAUCCUGGAUUUCAACAGCUGACAAAAUUUUGUCCUAGUAAUAAGUUUGUGAUUGUUUUCCGAGUUAAACAUACUAUCAUUCAUUGGCUAUUU